CACUAUGGUCAUGGCAGAGGGGACGGCAGUUCUGAGGAGGAACAGGCCGGGCACAAAGGCGCAGGAUUUCUAUAAUUGGCCUGAUGAAUCAUUUGAUGAGAUGGACAGUACACUUGCUGUUCAGCAGUAUAUUCAACAGAACAUAAGGGCAGAUUGCUCCAAUAUUGACAAAAUUCUUGAACCUCCUGAAGGCCAAGAUGAAGGUGUGUGGAAAUAUGAACAUUUAAGGCAAUUCUGCCUUGAACUAAAUGGACUUGCUGUCAAACUUCAGAGUGAAUGCCACCCAGAUACUUGUACUCAAAUGACAGCAACUGAACAAUGGAUUUUUCUUUGUGCAGCUCAUAAAACUCCAAAAGAGUGUCCUGCUAUAGACUAUACUAGACACACACUUGAUGGUGCUGCAUGUCUUCUGAAUAGCAAUAAAUAUUUUCCCAGCAGGGUUAGCAUAAAAGAAUCAUCUGUAGCAAAACUAGGAUCAGUAUGCCGUAGAAUUUACAGAAUAUUUUCACAUGCUUAUUUUCAUCACCGGCAGAUAUUUGAUGAGUAUGAAAAUGAAACAUUUUUAUGUCAUUGAUUUACUAAAUUUGUGAUGAAAUAUAAUUUGCUGUCGAAGGAUAACCUGAUUGUAUCAAUUUUAGAAGAGGAAGUUCAGAAUUCAGUUUCUGGGGAAAGUGAAGCAUGAAGGGAAUCAUACAGAAAAAUGUACUGAUCAC